AUGGAUUACAUCACAUUCUGUGAUUAUGCUAUUAAUAGCCCCUGUUUUAUUCCGAAUUAGACUGUGGGGGAAGAAAGAAAGGUAUGUUGCUGGUGCGUUAUAACUUCCAACCUCCCACUCCGAGGUUGCAUUAAACCCUCCACUCUGGGGUGGAAUGUAUCGUUCAUAAGAUUAAAGAUUAAAAUCGACUGUACAUGAAAUUUAUUUGGUAACACCCAUACAAUGAAGUCUGAAAACACUUUCUCUGUGCCUCUGCCGCUGGUUACUUUUGACAUUAAGUUUUCUCAACGGUGAGUAUUCGGUGCCGGUACAUUCAAGCCACCUAAAGGUUAGAGAUGCAGGCUACCGCGAACGCGUCGUAAAUAACGUUACCGCAUGAAUGACGACUGUUCGUUAAAUGAUAAGAAAAGCUAAACGAGCGGUGGAAACACGUAGGCUGCGUAUCGCCAACACCACGCAUUUAUGUGUCAAGUAUUGUAUCUGUUAACUUUAUUUUUAAGCAGAACGUUUAACGUGUUAUUUUCUGCGGUUGUACGAGAUCACAGAUACGAAAAAGUGUAAUAGAGACUAAUAAGCACGUUCUGAUUAAUUUUGCGAAGAACCCUCAACGCAAAUCCACCGAACAGUAAAGAACGGACUUUAAUCAACUUCUGUAAUUACGUUUAAGAGUGAUUAGGUGGCCAGAUUACGAGAUCCAGCCUGGGAGUUUUGCCAAGACACUCGAAUUAAUGUUACUUCUCGCGAUAAGUGACUUGGGAUCCGUAAUGCCCAAUUGUGUUGGCAUCCAGUUUAACGUCAAUGAACAAUAUCUCGUGCAAAAGUAGCCUAUUUGAUGCCAACUAUUAGGUGCAGUGCUUGGCAUCUCACCCACUUAUUUCAAGCAAAUGUUUAUUUUUAUGGUUUGGUCAGUUGUUUACUAUAGAAUUCUAUUCCUCCAUCUUCUGUAAUCUUCAUCCAUUUUCUGUAAGUGUUUCAAUCACGGUUGUGGGGGUCCAGAGUCUAAUGUGGAGGCUAUGGGUGCAAGGCAGGGAACAGCCCAGGCAGCGACGCCAGCCCAUCGCAGGGCACACAUGAUUCAUACCAAGCACACCUACGGGCAAACUGGUAACUCCAGUUACCCUCUGCGUGUUUUUGGACUGUGGGGGGAAACCGGAGUACCCAGAGGAAUCCCCACGAUAACACUGGGAGAACAUGCAAACCCCACACAUGGCAUCAAUGCAGAGACUCGAACCCCGGUCCCAGAGGCAACAGUGCUAACCACUGUGCCGCACCAGAAUAGAACUCUAAGCGAAUGUAUAUUUUCAUGUACUGGUCAAUUGCUUGCCACCUCAAAUAAGCAAAAUCUAUACCAUCCAAACAGGAAAUUAAAUAUAAUCGUAUAUCCAGUAAACACAUGCUUACUACUGUGUUUUUCCUCAUCAUUCAGGUGGAAAAUGGCAUCCUUUCAGCGUUGAUCAUUUCACACACAGGCUAAUUCUGUAGGUUAACAGGUGAAUAUAUUUGUACAGGUGAGGCUGGGGGAGAGACAGUCAGUGCAUUAUAAAUGAAACAGAGUUUUGUGUGAGCUCACACCGAGGCCCCUUUGAUGUAUGCUUUGCUUUGAUUGAUGUGGACAAGUGUGGUCGCCACACUAUCAGAUAUCUUGUUUUGUCAGCAUACUUGUGGCCAGUAACAGGAAAUGACCCCCCUCCCCUACCAACAUCCAAUUCUCCAAAUAAUAAAGAACCGAUAAAAAACUACCUAGUUGCUCACUUUAUGCUGGACUCAUGCUCCGAAUAUCCAUCCAUCCAUUUUCCAAACCGCUUAUCCUACUGGGUCGCGGGGGGUCCGGAGCCUAUCCCGGAAGCAAUGGGCACGAGGCAGGGAACAACCCAGGAUGGGGGGGCCAGCCCAUCGCAGGGCACACUCACACACCAGUCACUCACACACGCACACCUACGGGCAAUUUAGUGACUCCAAUUAGCCUCAGCAUGUUUUUGGACUGUGGGGGGAAACCGGAGUACCUGAAGGAAACCCCACGACGACAUGGGGAGAACAUGCAAACUCCACACACACGUGACCCAGGCGGGUCCCAGAGGUGUGAGGCGACAGUGCUAACCACUGCACCACCAUGCCGGCCCUAAUAUCCACAGUGUAAAAAAUCUGCUUUGUUCUGCACAGCAGGCCGUGAGCGCCUGGUUAGCACAAACUGUCGGAUUAGGAAUUCUGAGAAGAUGAUCCUGCCCACACGUCCAGGAGGAUUUCUAACGGACCUCUCGGCAGCCGGGUUUCUGAGCUACAGCCGACCGAAGGCCCUGGCCACGCGAGCGGCAGGAAAAUAAGAGCGGAAAGUGGAAAGAUUUCCAAACCAACGCGCCAUGAGAAUCAGGAUCCAUGCCGAUGGUGCGGGAAUCCGACUCAGGGGCUCCUUUUGCCACCGGUGAAGGAAGCAGAGUAUUUAGGUGUCUUACCGCUGCCUUAAGCGCUAACAAGGGAUUAUUGAGGUAAACGAUGAAAGAGGCUUAGCUUCCAUGCUUAAGCAAAACUCCUGCAAUUACAUCCCAGCCAGUCGGACGGGAGAUCGCUGUGAUGUCAGGACAGGGAGGGCUUAGUGUCAGUGAUAAAGCCAGCUAAUAACGAUAAAAUGAAUCUGUAUUUAAGGGUCUUUUUUAAGCUGCAGUCGCUAACUGGCACGAGCGCAAGCAGGCGUGGUUUUCGAGCUGUCAAACCAAUACUUCUUCAGAUUUCAAAGCGAAAGUAUUUCAGUAUUAGCGAGCAACCAGUGUCAUCGCUGGAGAAGGAUACUCCGCAGGCCGGAUCCCUGCUUGAGCUGUUUAUUAUUUCCUCACUAUCGCCAGCCCCAGUUUACCUAUAUUUCUGCCAACAUCAGAGUACUUCAGACAUAGAGGAACAGAGGAGGAAGAGUACCAAACAACGUUGUUAGAUCAAAAGGUAUGGUGGCAUCCACAUCUGAGCGAACUCCUACUUCCCUCAUACCUCAUACUCAAUAGUGUAUUGUUAACACUUUAUUAUAAGACGCGUCGCCGCUGCUAUAAUGAUUUGUAUAGCAACAUCUGGUCUUCAUCUUACCACUACCUGCAAUGCCCAAGACAUUUUAGCGGCACAGAAAACCGGGACAUGCUAAAUUAAUCCCGUUCUCCCUGAUGAACACAGCGUACUUAAAAGCACUUUUUUGGAGGGUUGAAAUGCACGUCUGUGGAGUGAAACUUUAUCGAUGUGGGUUACGGCGCUGCACAAGGUGAUUUCCAAGAGACCCCCGCGCUGUGAAAACCUCAUCGAAUAGAUAACAGGACGCCUGCUGCAAACAUUACGCAUACCUGAAACCUGUCCGUUUUUUCUAUCAAACCGCAAGACAUUGUUUUCGCUUCUAUUAUGGUUUUAAAAAUAUCUGUAGGCUCUUUCUGCAGCGUGAAAGUUACCAGUUUUCUUUUUCUUUUUUACACAAGUGCAAAAACACUCGCUCACACUUGCUCACUUCACCACGUGUGAGGUUUUGCCCUGCCUGACAGCAGAUAGACGUGUUUUCUGCCUUAUGAACAAUUUCGCGCAAAUAAUGUUUUCCUCGGAAUGUACUUUACUAUAACCAUUCAUGGUGGGUUUUUAUUACGAAUCAGUGACAGUCAUUAUUAUAAUUUGUUAAACUGAUCGUUUACAAUCUAUGACGAUAUUGUAGAAUCAUUGCAAUUCCAGUCAAUGAAAAGGGAGCACGAGUGUUUCACAACAGUGGGGGAAAAACAUAUAAUGUAUCUCCUUACAUUGUCAUUAUUCUGUGAGCAGAUAGUAUCAAUGUCAUUAAGUCGCUUAUAAACUUUAAUACAACUUGUUAGAAAAACUCCGUUUACUGAAAACGUUCAGGUGACGUUCCGGGUGACGGUAGGGCGCCACCUGUCAGCUAGAGGGUGUCAUGACCCCACGGGAGCACCUGAGGAAGAUGACUGGGCUGGGGGAGCCAGGCACUCUGGACGAGAAGCAGUGGUACCGGGUGGUCAACGGCAUGUCCGGGGGGGAGCUGCGGCAGAGGCAGGAGCUGAUCAUGAGAAAUCAGAUGGUCAUGACACCCCAGCAUCUUACCCAGCAGCGUCUGCAGGCCCCCCCAGGGCAGUUCGAGCCCCGUUUCAUGGACAGGGAGCUGGUGCCCUCUACAGAGAUGGUACCUUCUGAGGCCAGGCAGCUCCACAUGCGGGCCAGCCUGGGCCCAUCUCUACCCCCACACUCUAGCGUUGUGCCGGCAAGGUCAUUCCCCGGAACAGGCCUGUCAGCGGGGUAUGGUUUUCUACCUUCGGAACCCUUGGAAACAGUUGCCCGGCGACAGGAGAUGAUUCACAAGCAGAAUAUAGCCAGAAUGGAGAUGAAUGCCAUCCUGCAUCAGAAAGAGCUGGAAACUGCCCACCAGAAAGGGCUUAUGGGUAUGGAGCCCCCCAUGAUUUACCAGGGGAUUCCCCCAAACGCCAUGGCCUUUCGCGGACGUCAGCGGAUUCCCGAGGGUCACCUCCCCAGUGAUGUCUUUGUCCAUCGCACCACACUGGAGGACUUGCAGGCCAACAGUCUGCUGAUGUCUGCUAGCCCAUAUCCGCCAAUCAGCACGCUGCAGAGGGAAAGAGGGAGGAGGAGCAGCAGGAGGGCAGCAAAUCACAAGAUGAUGGACGCAAACGCUACUGGAGCCAAGGGCCAAUCGGAUGACAAGGGCGUGGACCAAAGUCCAGGGGGAUCAGCGGAGGAAAAGGAGGGUGAAUCAAAAGGGGAGCCAGAGAAUGAGUCAGUGAGCAAACCAGACCACGUGAAAAUAAACACAGAACUGGCCUCUGGCAGUGGAAGGAACCACAAAGAGUGUAAAGAAGGCCCACGCAAGAACUGCAUCAUUACUCAGGAGGGCUGUGCAGACACUACGGACUCCCGAACCAGCACUAACGAGAAGGACGACCCCAGCACCGGCUCAGUUUUCCAUGAGAAGUUUGUCUACCCUUCCCCCUCUUACAUAUUUCCAUUAUCAAGCAACGGAUUUCUACCCCCUGGACCUCAUAGUUUUCUCAACAGUGAGGUAAUGUCGUCAGUUGAGGAUCUUCGAAAGUGGACAGUGGAUGAUGUUUACAGUUUCAUCAACAACAUACCCAGCUGCUCAGAAUAUGCUCAGACAUUUAAGGACCACAUGAUUGACGGAGAGACACUGCCACUACUCACAGAGGACCACCUCUUAGAUACCAUGGGCUUGAAGCUUGGACCUGCCCUUAAGAUACGAUCUCAGGUGUCUCGCCGGUUGGGCAGUAUGUUUUAUGCCAUGAACCUGCCGCUCACUGCUGGCGCCGCCCUGCAACACACUUCAGAGAAGACAGGAGAUCAGUCCGCUGAGAUCAGUCCCCUGCUGAACUGCAACAGCAUGGACAUGCUGGGAAGCCCCUGCCCCAGGGACCUGGAGAGUGUCAAGCCCCAGGAGUCCAUGCUGGGGCCAGAAAAUCCCCCUCCCCCUGUUUUGAAUGAGAAUGUCUAAAGCCAUAAGGAGUCAACAGGACAAAAAAAAAGAACCACUAAGAAACACACCAGUGUCCCUUUGUGUUAUAUUCCACUUUAUUAUUAAGCUCCACCUCAAGUCAAUAGUUCAAUAAAACUGAUGCAAAUUCAGUUGUAAUAUGUUAUGUUGGCAAUACAGCUCCAAACAUGAGUUCAUGUAUUAAUAUAAAAUGGUGGAGUGUGGUCAACCGCCAGCAGGCUUCUGCUGCAUAAAGUGAAAGUUACUGAAAAACUUAGAAGCAGUAUUUUUCCAUUUGAGGAUGAAAGCACCGACUGACUUUGUGUGUGCUGGAUGGAUUGUUUGUAACAUGACUUCUCUGUAAUUGUUUGUAAAUAGUCUCCUAGGACUGUUCUGUACCUUUAUCAUGAAGUAAUCUCGAUUUCUAUGUUUUUGAGUAGUAAAUAUGGUCAGUCAGUUCAUUCAAUUACAAUAGGGAUGUAGCCAAUUACAAUAGGGAUGUAAUGUAAUUGCUAAUUACCUGAAAACAUAGGGUCAUAAAAACGGAUUCAAUGGCUUAAUUAGAAUAGAAUAGUCCUAAUAUUUUUGUAACUUUAAAGAACCUAAAUAUCUAUAAUGUAAAUAUGGGUGUAGUCGUUUUUAAGGUACUGCCAUAAGUUAAGAAUUCGAAAGAAAUAAUUUUGGCAAUCUAAA